AAAAAAUUUUUUUUAUUAUAAUUUUCUUUCAAAAUUUUUUUUAAAGACGUGAUUCGUGUUCCUGUGUUAGCAACGGUGGAUAAUAAAACCGCCAACCUGGAGUCUACAUAUCCCAAAAGGUAUGGACGUAUUGAUGUUGUGCCUUUAAAUUCACUAAAGAAAUGUGAUUGCACUCGUAAUGAUUUGGAUACAAAAGAACAAGCCAAAGAUAUGACGACCAGUUCUCAACGAGGCAUGUUCCCAAGUGGAAAAAUGCGGUUAUUAUCACCAAGUAGUUCACCAGCGACUUCACCAACAAUGUCUAAUUCAUCAUCACCCACUCCACCAGCUGUAAAUUAUAAUCAUAAAAUUACUGGUAUACCAUGUGUAGCCGCUGCAUCACGUUAUACCGCACCAGUUCAUAUUGAUGUUGGUGGAACCAUAUACACAUCAUCGUUAGAAACACUUACCAAAUAUCCAGAUUCUAGAUUAGCCAAAUUAUUUAAUGGUAGCAUACCAAUUGUAUUGGAUUCAUUAAAACAACACUAUUUUAUUGAUCGAGAUGGUGGAAUGUUUCGACAUAUUCUUAAUUUUAUGCGGAAUUCUAGACUGUUAAUUCCUGAUAAUUUUUCUGAUAUUGAUUUAUUAUUAGAAGAAGCAAAAUAUUUUGAUAUUGCACCAAUGAUACGCCAAUUGGAACAAUUAAAAAAGGAUCGUUUGAAAAAUGGAUUAACGAAUAACAAUAAUCCAUCAUCGAUUUCAAAUAACAGCAACAGUGGGCCAGUCUCAACAUUACCUGUACGUGGUGGUGUUGUAAACACGUGUGUUCCUAACUCAUCCAACUUAAUCGGUGGUAAUCAUCAUAUUACAUCAUCGUCUCGCUUAGAAUCAUCACCAAUCAUUACAAGUAAUCCAAAUGUAAAUAGUGAAACAUAUGAAUGUAUUGCAUUACAUAUAAGUCCAGAUUUAGGUGAACGUAUAAUGUUAUCGGGUGAACGUACUGUUUUAGAUGAAGUAUUCCCUGAAACGAAUCAGGCAAUAAUGGAUGCACGCUCUGGUGUUGCAUGGAAUCAACAUGAUACACGUCAUGUUAUACGAUUCCCAUUAAAUGGUUAUUGUAAAUUAAAUUCGGUACAAGCAAUUACACGAUUAUUGAAUGCAAAUUUUCAUGUUGUUGCUAGUAAUGGGGGUGGUGUCGAAGGGCAACAAUUCUCUGAGUACCUGUUUGUUAGGAAAGUAUAUCCUGGUUGA